AUGGCCAGCUCCGGCAACUCCUCUGGCACAAGUGUGAAGGACAAGACAUUAACAGGUGUCGGAAGCCUCAUCAGGCUCCUCCCCACCGGAACUGUCUUCCUCUACCAGUUCCUCAACCCCGUGUUAACCAACAAUGGUCACUGCCACACCAUCAACAAGUACUUUUCCGGCAUACUCAUUGCCAUUUCCGGUCUCGCGUGUUUCUUCUCCACAUUCACAGACAGCUACACAGACAGUGAUGGAAAAACCCACUAUGGUAUUGCAACUCCAAAGGGGUUUUGGCCUUCUGCUGGAUCGUUGGACUUAUCGCCAUAUAAGCUAGGGUUUGGGGACUUUGCUCAUGCUUUUUUCUCUUUGAUUGUGUUUUCUGUGGUGGUUAUUUUGGAUAAUAACACAGUGGAGUGCUUUUAUCCUUCUUUUGUAUCCAGUGAGAAGCUUGUGAUCAUGGUUUUGCCUCCUGUUCUUGGUGCACUUUCAAGCUCUAUCUUUAUGGUGUUCCCUAACAAGCGCCAUGGUAUAGGCUACCCUCUGACUCCAAGUUCAAGCCAGGGUUCAGUUUCAAAUAGCCUUAAUUAG